GUUUGACAUGUCGGAGCAUCCUGUGGGACCGGGAUCAUGGUCCAAGUCCGGCUCUGGGAUGCUGAGGCCGGGAGCGGUGCGGCCCAUCGGGGCGGAGGCUCUGGUGUCCCUGCUGGAGGGGGGGCUGGACCGGGUGGUGCUGAUCGACAGCCGGCCCUUCGUGGACUACAACACCUCACACAUCCUGGAGGCGGUGAACGUGAACUGUUCCAAGCUGAUGAAGAGGAGACUGCAGCAGGACAAAGUCCAGAUCGCUGAGCUGCUGCAGCACUCGGCCAAGAAGAAGUUGGAGCUGCAGGGCGAUCAGGAGGUCGUCGUAUAUGAUCAGAGUUCUUCAGAUCCGGCUGCUCUCGGCUCCGAGUCUUUCCUCAGUGUCCUGUUGGUUAAACUUGAGAGGAGCUUCCCCUCCGUACACCUGCUCUCAGGUGGUUUCUCAGAGUUCUCCCACCUGUUUCCGGGUCUGUGCGAGGGAAAGUCUGCUGUGGUCCCCUCCUGUAUCUCCCAGCCCUGCCUGCCAGUCACCAACGUCGGACCGACCCGCAUCCUGCCUCACCUGUACCUGGGCUGCCAGAGAGACGUCCUCAACAAGGAUCUGAUGCAGCAGAACGACAUCAGCUACGUCCUGAACGCCAGCAACACCUGCCCCAAACCUGACUUCAUCCCAGAGUCUCACUUCCUGCGAGUCCCCGUCAACGACUCGUUCUGUGAGAAGAUCCUGCCCUGGUUGGACAGAUCCGUGGAGUUCAUAGAGAAGGCGAAAGCCUCCAACGCUCGGGUCCUGGUUCACUGCCUGGCUGGAAUCUCGCGCUCAGCCACCAUCGCCAUCGCUUACAUCAUGAAGAGGAUGGACAUGUCGCUGGACGAGGCGUACAGGUUUGUGAAGGAGAAGAGGCCGACCAUCUCCCCCAACUUUAACUUCCUGGGUCAGCUGCUGGACUUUGAGAAGAAGAUAAAAAGUCCUCAUGGUACUGAAACUAAACUGAAGUCCCUCCAUCAUCCAGAGCCCAGCGGCGAGGUCCCCGCUGCGCCCGAGGACCCGGAGCCCCCAGCCUGUGAGGAGGUCCCCGCGGGCCCCGGCCCGGCCCCGACGGAGCCCCUCACCCUGCCCUGCGUUUUAGCCGACGCCCCCGAGGAGCAUCUGCUGGCCCAGGCUCUGAGCGGCCUGCAGCUCGCCGACGGAUCCGAAGACAACACCCGGCUGAAGCGCUCCUUCUCUCUGGACAUAAAGUCGUACGGCGAGCCGGGCGGGAGCGCUCCUCACCGGGUCUUCCUCCCUCACGGCGGAUCAGGAGACGCCGGCGAGUACUACAAACCGUCUGCCUUCAAAGAGCCGACCAGUAAACCCUGCCAGUUCUCCCCAGUGGAGGAGGUUUCAGAGCAGUCCACUCCGGAGCAGAGCCCCGACAAGGAGGAGGCCGACGGACCGCCGGCCUCCGGCGGCUUCGCCAAACCUCCGCCCGCUGCUCCGAACUGUUCACACCAGCUGCACCGGAGCGGCAGCAUGGAGGAGAGCGCCACCAGCUUCCUGUUUGGCCUGUCGCGCAGCCAGCAGCACCUGGCCAAAUCCGGGUCCAGCGGGGCCCUGAAAGGAUGGCACUCGGACAUCCUGCUGGGCCCCGUCACCGUCUCCACCUCCUCCUUGGCCGGCGGUUGGUACCUGUCCUCCGACUCCACGCGCUUUUACUCCACCUCGGCCAUCCUGAGCGGCGGCAGCUUCGCGGCGUACAGCUGCGGCCACGGCCUGGAGGCGGUGCGGCGGCGCAGCCGGCAGAGGACGGGGGACCGCGGAGACUCAAGGAGGAGCUGGCACGAAGAGAGCAGCUUCGAGAAGCAGCUGAAGAGACGCAGCUGCCAGAUGGAGUUCGGAGACGGGAUGACGGACAGCAGAUCCAGAGAGGAGAUGGGGAAGGUGGGGAGUCAGUCGAGCUUCUCCGGCAGCAUGGAGAUCAUCGAGGUGUCCUGAAACCGAUCCCGAAACCGCUCGAGACCGUUCAGAACACUCACGCUCGGUCAGGAUGAGCGUGACUGAAGCGACGUCGACUCCGUCGGCGCUUCGCCGUCGUGGAGAAUAACGUGCAACACACACCGGCCUCAGCGUCGAGCUGCAGGUCAGAGGUCAGCCGGGCGCUCGUGGCCCAAACAUAAGACGCCAUCCUCACCUUCGAUAGAGUCCGGGGUGAGAGCCAGUGUUGCAUUAUGGGUUGUUUUUAGCCUUAAUGCUGCUAAGCUAAAAGUUUUUUCCAACAAAAGAAUUAAAACAUCUCGUCGAUGAGGAGAAAUCAGAGUUAAUGUUGGAUUCACCUUCUGCCUCCACAGAAGAAUCGACAGGAAACUUUCCCGACACGACGAGUCUGUUUUUCAAACCUGUCAGGUCGUCUUAUGUUUGGGCCGGCGUGGCCUCCAGCUCGACCGCAGGCCCCCCGGCAGAGCGUUUAAACCUGAACCGAUCCGACGCUCGCCUGCAGACACGUUCACAGACACCCUGCAAAACUUUAAAUCCAUCAGGAACAAAACGGCUGAAUCCAAACGCUCAGACUGGACACAUCAUCAGUCCAACAUCAGUCCAACGUCAGUCCAACGUCAGUCCACGUGAGACCUCCAGAGUCCAGGCUUCCCUGAACAUGAGCUCAUCAUCAUGAAUCACAACAAUAAUAUAACAACCAGGAGCUCUGAGGGCCACACUGAUACCACCACCAGUACUACUGUUACUCCAGGCAGUGAUACCAGUACUACAGGACAAGUAUUAAUACUUGUAGCUGUAUCGUAGCUUCACAGGCCUCACACACACACAUUAUAACUAAUGAAAUGACCUUAAAAUGAGUCGCAGAUUUCUGUGGCAACGAUUAAUCGAGUCACUAAUAAAAGUUGCAGCAACUUCUGAAGGUGAAGAAUCGGUGAGGCGAGUAACGGUUAGCUUUAGCUCGUUAGCUCGUUAGCACUAACUGACGACAUCGCAGAGAAAACGAACAAGUUUUCAUCCAUCUGAGGACGGAAAGCAGACGUCAGAGCUCUGAGUCCUCUGGCCUCACACACACACACACACACACCCAGACUCCACGUGAUGACAGUGAACACGUCACAGGAAGUGACCUCAGUCCAGGUCAGGUUCAGGUCUGGACGUUUGGAUUCAGCCUGAAUCCGCAAAGGAUCUUUAAAUGACCUUCAGGUAUUCUUCUGUAACCAUGGAAACCACAGUGCAGCGCUGCAGGUUUCUGCUCACCUGUCGGGGCUUCAGGGUCAGCGUCACCUGCCGGGCUCAGCUCAGGUGCAGCGGACAGGACGCGUCCGUCAGCAGCCGGUCUGAUCAGAGUGGAUGGCGAGCGUUCGAUCGAUUGAUCCGUGUCGGUGCGAAGACGCCGCCGGUGUGUGUUGCAUUAAACGAGUUUCUCUCUUUGACUCUGAGCCUUUGAAUGUUUGGUUUGUGGAGGAGAGCUGCUCUUCGUCUGUGUGGAUGAUGAUGAUGAUGAUGAUGAUGAUGAUGAUGAUGAUUGUCUGAAGGAAACCGAAGCCUGUUGAUGUUGAACUGGACGGAGGAGUUCAGUCUCAGCAGUACCUCACAGAUCCAGAUCCAGAUCCUGAUCCUGAUCCUCUCUGCGGUGUUUUACAUGUUUGAAGUGGCUCAUUGACGGUAAAAUCUCAGGUGUUAUCUGAGCUGCAGGAAACAGAAACAGGUGGAUCCGGAUCCAGAUCCAGAUCCAGGACCAAACAGACUCUGUCCUGAGGAUCGGUGACGGACGGACAGACUGAGGAGGAGGAGGAUGAAGGAGGCUGGGACUCGGUUUGGUUGAAUAUCACACUCACAGUUCAUGUUGCACUACUGUGUUUGGAUCUGAUUAAAGUGUGAAGCAGUGAAAGAAAGACGGCCGUGAGUCUGAGUUCACUUCCUGUUUGAAGGAAUAAUAAUCUGCUUCCUGAAGCUUCAGACGGUUUUAUUCUCUUCGUUCUGUCGCAGAGGAGAAACGUGUUUGAGAAACAGACUUUUAUUUGUCAUUGCUUGUUUUUAGGUACAUGUGAUGAUGUUUGAGCUCAUUUCAUUUGAUCAACAGUUUCCUGAUGAAGUCCUGAAGACAUCAGGUUCAUGUUCACAGCAGCCGCAGGUUUUAAUAGUCCAGUUCUUUCUUCAUGAUGAUCCCACAGAUGAUGACAAACUAAACACACCAAGGAUUGAUUGAUUUAAUAUUCAAUUUUCACACUAUAGAUCUGAAUAUCUUUUAUAGGAUGAAGUUCACACCUGCGGGUGUGAACAGUAAACUUUCAGAGCUUCAUUGUUUCUCUGUGUUGUUCUGACAGGAUUCAGACUAAAUGCUGCUGAGUUUUCAGGCUGCUGUUG